AUGAAGACGAUUCUUCUAUCGGUCUUGUUUUUCGCCACGUCGAUCUUUGGGCAGACUACCAAUGAUGAUUUUUUGAAGAAACCGCACGUCCUUCCUAGCGCCGAACGCGCUCUCCACGCUGUCUACCACGAACUUGAUAGCAAAAUGUCUGGCACUAGAAAUCAGCCGAUGUUCGGACAACUCUACGUGGCACUCAUCGAGGAUCAAUUCACUUUUGGUGGGGAUCUGGACGAGUGGCCAAAGGAGUUGUUCAAAAAUAAGAACAGAGGAUGCAAGCCGUUCAUGGGUGCCAAUGUUCAUCAUAUGUGUGAUGAUGCCUUCUUCUUGGUUCAUCAGGAUAUGGUCAAACUUCAAAAGACGGCUUUUGAUUCGAGUGGUGGAAUAGAUCCGGAUCUGAACAAGGUCUGCAACAAAGCUACCAGUGGAUUCAACCUCGGAGUUGAUAAGGAUAAUCUGUUGUACAGAUACAGUCACAGAAUUCCAAUGACCUAUAAGGGAAGCGUCUACGAGAACAAGUGCUUCGGAACCUACGACACCCGUACUGACACGUUCACCUGCAUGCAGUACAAGGACAACAAGUUGAGACCUUUCGAACUUCAGAACUUUUUGUGGAGCGAGAACGAUGGAAAGUACGCACGCGGAAACGGAAAUGUCGAGGUGUUUUGCAAACAAUUGCACUAUACUGGAAACUAA